GAAAAAAAAAACCUCUGUCAAAUCAGGCGAACCUUCUUCCCUCCUCCUCCAAAUUGUCUGUCUUUGUAGUACCACCAGGCAACAGUGCGUGCAUCACUGAGACCGUGGAAGUGCGCAGGAGCCGAGCAGGGAAAUCGAACGAGAAAGAAGGGUCCAAGCUGCCAGAGAGAGCAUCUGGUGGAUACCUUGCCCCUGGACUAUGAGAAUCCAGACGACAUUUCUCUAACCGAGAGGAGAAGGUGCGCGGAGAAGAGCCUGACAGUCGGCGUCGAUGCGCGCAGCCGAAAAUGACGACAGUGGGACGGUGAUUUUCUUCCUCCAGCUCGUCAUUUUUCACAGUCAUAUGCUUGGAUGCAGUUUAUCUCCUAUGUGUGCAGAUCACAAAGGGAGGACUGGAAGCCGAAUCGUCUCCAACGCAGCCCCAAGUGUGCGCAGAGAGGUAUCGUCCUGGAAACCGUUCCCAGCGAAUAAUUACGCAGAGAUUUUGGCAUUUUACAGACCGCUGAAGGAUUUUCAACUUUUCCGCGAAAACUUACUCUGUGAGUACAGUUCUGAGCAGCCCCUUAUAGCCCCAACCUCCACGGGCGAUGAGUAAUCCGCGACGCAGCAACUGAUAAAGCUGUAAAAACCUGGUCUGUGACUGGGCGCGUUUGGAUACCUUAUCCUGUGCGUCGCUUGCAUACAUUUUCUUUUUUUCAUAUGGCUCCUCUCGCCUGUGUUUGUAAGGUACUCGUACAUUAUUGAUAUUUCAUGGCUGUAGAGUGUAGCAACAGCAGCGUGUGGCGAAAGAGGACAGUGCAAGACUAACUGGGGCGAAGACAUCACACUUUUACCGUCUUCUUUCCAAACCGGAGACAUUGCGCACGGGCAUUAGCGGCUGCAGAAACUACAAGGCGGACUUUUAUUUUAUUUUAUUUUUCAAAACAAACACUGAAUCCUUCGUUAUUUCCUCCGCAGCUGCCAUCGUAGUAUGUCUGCACUUCGAAAGAAAUUUGGGGACGAUUAUCAGGUAGUGACCACCUCAUCUAGCGGGUCUGGAUUCAAUCAGCCUCCUCCAGAGAAAAAGAGGAAGAGGCAGCGGUUCGUGGACAAGAACGGGCGAUGUAACGUCCAGCAUGGGAACCUGGGCGGUGAGACCAGCAGAUACCUCUCAGACUUAUUCACAACACUGGUAGAUUUGAAAUGGCGCUGGAAUCUAUUUAUUUUCAUCCUCACCUACACGGUGGCAUGGCUCUUCAUGGCCUCGAUGUGGUGGUUCAUUGCGUACAUCAGAGGAGACCUCAACAAAGCCCACAAUGACAAGUACACUCCAUGUGUGGCCAACGUCUACAACUUUCCCUCGGCCUUCCUCUUCUUCAUAGAGACCGAGGCCACGAUAGGAUAUGGCUACAGAUACAUUACAGACAAAUGCCCCGAGGGCAUCAUUCUCUUUCUAUUCCAGUCGAUCCUCGGGUCGAUCGUCGACGCGUUCUUGAUCGGCUGCAUGUUCAUCAAGAUGUCUCAGCCCAAGAAGAGGGCCGAGACUCUGAUGUUCAGUGAACACGCUGCGAUUUCUAUGCGAGAUGGGAAACUAACUCUCAUGUUCAGGGUCGGCAACCUGCGUAACAGCCAUAUGGUCUCUGCACAAAUCCGCUGCAAAUUGCUGAAAUCUCGCCAGACGCCCGAAGGCGAGUUUCUUCCGCUGGAUCAGUUGGAGUUGGACGUGGGUUUCAGCACUGGGGCGGACCAGCUCUUUCUCGUCUCACCGCUCACGAUCUGCCAUGUGAUUGACACCAAAAGCCCCUUCUAUGACCUCUCCCAGAGGUCCAUGCAAACGGAGCAGUUUGAAAUUGUGGUGAUACUUGAAGGAAUAGUGGAGACCACGGGGAUGACCUGCCAAGCGAGGACGUCAUACACCGAGGACGAGGUUCUGUGGGGUCACCGCUUCUUCCCCGUCAUCUCCUUGGAGGAAGGUUUCUUCAAGGUGGACUACUCGCAGUUUCAUGCCACAUUCGAGGUGCCCACCCCCCCUUACAGCGUGAAGGAGCAGGAGGAGGCUCUGCUCCUCUCCUCGCCGCUGAUGGCUCCGUCCCUGUGCAACAGCGGGGAGAAGAACAGCUCUCUGGACUGCCUGGAGACGCUGGAGGACAAUGACAGCACCACCAAGCUGCCUACCAAGCUCCAGAAGAUCACAGGGAGGGACGGCCUGCCCAAGAAGCUGCUAAGGAUGAGCUCCACCACCUCAGAGAUGACUUACAGCUUUGGAGACCUGCCCAUGAAGUUGCAGCGAAUCAGCUCUGUUCCUGGUGUCUCUGAUGAUAAGCAGGGCGGUAAGGCCUCCAAGAUCAGCACAGAGCCCAUGAGUAAGUCGGUGGCAGACUUACCUCCAAAGCUGCAGCGGCUGGCGGGAGGUGGAGGGGGCAGGAUGGACGGACACCUGCCGCCGAAACUUAGAAAGAUGAAUUCAGAUCGCUUUACAUAAAGCAGGCAGCGUAUUUUAACUUAUGCCAUCCACUUUUAUUUCCCAACCCAAAGUCCCUGUACUAUUCCUAAUUUAUUAAUGGACAAUAUUCUUAUAUUAAACGAAAUGUAAAAUAUGUGCACAAAUACCUUAUAUAAAUUAGGGUGAUGGAACUGAGCACAUUUCUUUCUGGAUGUAAGUGUACAUGCUGAAAUGAUGAAAGACUUAUUUUAUUUAUUUUUAGGUUAUUUGUUUAGGGUUUUUUUUUUUUUUUUAGAAUGAUGUACAAUUAGCACAAUCUGGCAUGUAAGAAACAGUGCAUGUAGAACAGAGUCUCAAUAAUUUCUGGCAUGACAGUUAUUGAUAUAUUAUUUUACAAAAAGAAUUUCAUUGGUGAACUUACAGACGGUGGAUAAAUUGCACAAAGCCAUAUGAUUUACAACACGGAACACCUACAUCACACGGUUCUAAUUUGUGGCGACGGAAGGCACAUGACGUUCGUUUUGAGUUGGUUGCUUUUGUUGUUUAAUGUAAAAUCGUGGCAAUGUUACGUUGAUUGCAUGCUCCUCUUAUUGACUUAGCUAUACAAAGGUAAUAGACAAAGAUGUUUAGCCUUAACUAUAUUACCUUGUUUCCAUUUUCAUGUCUGUUCACAGCUGUAUUUUUGGUAUUUCAUAUAUAGACUAUUUUGCCAUGUGCGAUUUUAUGACUUUAUUAUUAGACGAUCAAAUACAUGAUAUGUUGCCGAAUAAUGCGUUUUUACGUUUCAAAAAUCGGCAUCAUACGACCUUUCUCAACUGGGCACAAAGCUACAUGAUUUUCACUUGCUUAUUUAAGUAACACUUAAGUUGAAAGAGUCAAUACUUGUUCUUGAUAAGCACAAAACAAUCACUAUAUAAUACCCUGCGAUAUUAGAAGGCAUUUAUGGGCAUUUCAUGUUAAAUGAACUGCUGAGAGCAGUAGCUUGGAACCGUGCAAUCACUUUCUUUCAUUAUAUAAGGUAACCCAAUCUACAGUAUGCCUGCGUGGUCAUACAAGACCACACACUCCAUUAGAAUUUCAACUUAGGUGUUACUGGCUAGAUUUGGUGGGCCUGUAAGAAAUCAUAACGUUUGUUUUUUUAAGGGCCCAUAACAUCCCUUCUCUGUGAUGAAAGCAAUAAUAUUAUAAUGACUAUAAUCUUUAUAUAGCCACAGGGUCUACCACAGCCCCAUAUUCAUUCUGUUUACUGAGUCCAUGCCAUGAAAUCUGGUUUUCUCUAAAGACAUUGUAUGAUACCCAAUCUCUUCAGGAAUAAAGAUCUAACGUAACUGUUAAGCAUCUUGCUGCUUUGACUAGACGUAAUGCAUGCUUUAGCCAUUCAGGGAAUAUAUUGUUAUCGAUGAGUUGUUUCGUUUUUUUGUUUUUUUGUUUUUUUGUUUUUUGGAUGGUGGUCAAAAUGAUGGAAGACCAAAAAACGCUUUCUUCUUCACUGUAAAGAGUUGACCUUGUUGCUGUAUCUACCACCAUUAUACUAAAUAUCUAAGCCCUAAGCUAAGCUGGUCUCAGCGGUUUUGACUGUUCACCGCAGAGGAGUAUUUUUUAGGAAAUAAGCUGCUUUCUUGCAGAGCGCCUGGUUUUGUCCAAAGGUGAAAAGAAGUCUGUAUGAAGGUCCUUUAAUAUUAUUAGAGCUGUAGCCAACCAAAGAAGUCAAAUCAAAGUCAAGCGAACCGGUACCUACUUUUACAAUUAAGGCAGCACUGAAUAAUUUUAGUUAUUUUCUACAUAUUCAAGGUCUGACCAGUGGGCACCUGCCUAUAUUUCUGAUAUGUUCACCCUCGAGGUGGCCUAACACACGCUCUCUAACGGAGUUUGCAUGACAGAGAUUUAUUGGCCAUGUUUAUUGGCGAAAUGCAGCCAUACUGACAUGGAGUCGAUCAGGCGACUCCAAGUUCAUGUUUGACGGGGGUUCUGAUCUUUUUGCAGAUGAAAACUGUUAUUUUUUUUUUUGUUUGUUUGUUUUACCUCCCUUCCUGAAAUUGACGCCAACGACUGUGGUAGAAUUUGGUCAGAGGAGAGCAUGACGACUAGACGACCUGGAGACUGCAGCUCUGCAUCUUAAAUCCUGUUUGAUGAAUCUGUCUGUUCUUGUAAAGUGUAAUACAAAAGCAUGAAAAUAUAAAAUACCAAAUGUU